AUGGAACACGCCGCCCACGAGGAAUGUUGGACAUGCCGCAGACGCCGCGUCCAGUGCGAUAAGUGCGGUAUCCCCUGUUUAAAGUGCCAGAAUGCCGGGUUGGACUGUCUCGACAAGAGACCGAUUCGGUGGGUUCAAGGUGUAGCCAUCCGCGGCAAGAUGCAGGGCCGGUCAUUCGGUGGGUCGCCGGCGACUAUCUCUAUUAGGCCUCAAUGCCCCAAAUUCGUUGGUAAGGUUUCUCGCUCUUGCGGUUUUCGUGCUUUGUUUGACGUUCAACCAUCGUCAGCGUCCUUUAACCCAUCAAUUGGCAAUAUAAAAAGUCAUACAGACGGCCUAAUAAGCCUGCCAAAUGAAAUGCAAGAUCCGAUUCUCAAAGACUUGAAUCCUACAAGCCAGGGCUACAUCGUUUAUUAUCAUGAACGUAUUUGCAAGCUACUCAUGAUACGUGACAGCCCGGAAAAUCCAUUCAGGAAGCUCGUCCCUUUGUGUUUACAACAUAGCUUGCUGCAAAAGGCAAUGCUCGCUCUCGCCGCUCGUCACUUUGCGAAUACUUUUCGGGCUUUCUCCACUCCCGCAGGUGGAAAUAUCCCCGGCUUUCACCGCGCGAACCAUACCGCGUUUCUUUUCAAACAUCAAGCCAUAGAGGAACUAUCUUUCUCUCUGCAGAAUCCAGAUCGGUCCGAUGUCAACAUCACCUUGGCCAGCAUUUUUCUUUUGAUUAUUCUUGACCUCUUCGAAUCUGGGAACGACAGCUGGGAGACUCAUUUGGAGGGUGCGAAAACCCUCAUCGCCUCCAAUCGUGCCCUCUUAGACACAGAGGCAGCAGAUAGCGACAAAAUUGUGACCGGGGUGAUGGAAUACAUCUUGAAGCAAAUUCAUAUAUUCGCGCUCCAAACUCACUGGUUAAUCGAUUCAAGGAUUGAGGUUCUAGGGGCAACCUUUUCGAGAUAUGGAUCAAGCCGGGCCCAAAGAGCAGAGAAGACCCUAGGCCAAGUAUUUGUUGGUUGUCCAGUGGUUUUGGCUCAGGGAAUUGGGUUUCUAUCCGCUGAAAGAGAUAUCAUCUGCAGACUAGAGUCUUUCGAAGCAGCCUCCGUGCAGGCCCACAAAAGCUAUAUCACUUCAACAUUGGAACUCAUUCAAAACUUCGAUUCACUCUCUCGCAGCCGGAGGGCCUUCCUUUCGUGCGAAAACGCCAUAUGCACUUUUUCUCUCAUUUAUGGUCAGCGAUUGCUACGUACUCUUAUGCAAGAGACACGUCCGUUGAACGUUGAUCUGAUCGACGAUCUACUUCGUACUCUUGGUUCUCUGCGCAGCGAUCUUGACCUUUUUAAGUGCGCUCUCUGGCCGAUUUUUAUUGCGGGCCUAGAGUGCAGCUCAGAAAGCCAGAGGGCAUUUCUCAGUGAAUGUUUGGAGGAGUUCUGGUUGGAAACACAUUGUGUGAAUGUAAUCAAUGCCGCCAUUAUUCUUCAGAACUACUGGCAGCAGAAAGACCACGCAAACUGGACAAAUUGGAUGUUUGGUAUCGGUUCCUCAAGUCGCGCCUGGCUUCUCAUUUAG